AGAGCUUAGCCCAGCAUUGAUAGUUCAAUGUUGAUACCUCCAGCCUACAUAGUAUCUAACAAUAACAAGUCUUUUGAUGAGUGAGUCAAAAUACCUACAUGUAUCCAUAUCCAUUCAAUUCCCAGGUAAGAUAUUUUUGGCUAGAAGAAACGUAGAAAAUCAGAUCCGGAACCAAAAACCAAAAACCAAAAACCAAAAACCAGAAACCAGAAACCGGGACCGGAACCAGAACCAGAUAUCAACCCAACAUGGAGCCUUGUCAUACAGUAUCUUGUUCCUCCGAGAGGCAUCCAAUCACCAUACGAUCCAUCCCGGCAGCCGACACUUACGCCUUGCGACACGCUGUGCUCUGGCCCAACAAACCUCUGUCUUACGUGCAGCUGCCCGACGACAUCGCCGGUCAGCACUUCGGCGCUUUCAUUUCUGCACCACGCCUUACCACCGUCGCCGAGAAAAGCAAAGACAGCGAAGACAGCGAAGACAACCACAAUCACAGCCACAACACCACAGGAUAUAAUAAAGACGCUAAUUCCGAAGAUCUUGUGAGCAUCAUAUCGCUGUUUGUAAAUGAUGAUGGUGAUGAUGAUAGUGGCACGGCUCGCUUUCGCAAAUUUGCCACCGCGCCGGCGUGGCAGGGGAGAGGCGUGGGUUCCGCCCUACUAAACUACACCAUCGAGACAGCCGCUAGGAACGGUGCCACGAGUAUCUGGUGCGACGCUCGCCAGAGCGCCCUGCCCUUUUACCAGCGGUUCGGGAUGAGCGGUGAGGGCGAGGUCUUCUUCAAAGGCGAGCUUCCUUACCUUCGCAUGUCUAGGGCCUUGCCCUAAACGAAUUGCCGUCCUUUGGUUGUUUUCGGGGUUCCGCAUAAUUGACCUGGCCGGCAGGGGUGAGAGUGAGAGUUGUUAAACCAUUUCCCUAUUUCACCUCCUCUUUUGACAGAAAAAAAAACUGUGUCUCUACUGGGGGGGGAGGGGGGACCAAAAGGAAAGGAGUGGGAUUAGACGCGCCCUUUUUUCCCACUCACAACUUGCAAGAGCCAAUAAACCCACCAAUAUAACCUCGGAAGCCGAUGAUUGGGAGGACGCCGCCGCGGACAGCGCUAUAUGCGUACUGUGGCCCAGAACCGGUGAUCCCCCGCAUUUGCCUGUGGGC